CGCGUUGUUCAGACAGUUCGUAAGCUUGUCGCGUGUCUGCGAACACCUGACGAUAACAACACACUUUCCGCAUCGGCUGCGCUGACCGGUGAACGGAAUAAAGCCCCCAACUGAAACGCCGCCGCUUUCACCUGAAUCUAUAUCUGCUUCGGAUAUAUAAGUGGAUUGACUAUAACAUCGUUUUGCAAUCAGAUGAACAAAUAGAAAAGAUCCCAUGACGGAGCGCCGAGCCUGGCAUGGGGGGUGAGAAGACCCGGCCCAUGUGGUGGCAGACGCUACCUACCAUGCUGGUGCUGGCGACGAUCGGAUCUGCCAGCGAUGGAGCCAUAUGUCCUGCUAGAUGCCACUGCAACGACGACACUCUCACCGCUUCUUGUGGCUCAGCAGCUCUCGAAGUCGUCCCCAUCCAGCUCAAUCCCGAAGUGCGACAUAUCGAUCUUUCCGACAACAAAAUCACACAUGUCUCCUUCACUUUCCGAUUCUACAACUUCUUAGUAACACUUGAUCUAUCAUCCAACAAGAUUAAAAAUCUUGGAUCCUCAAACUUUGAUAUGCAACAUAAUCUCAAACAACUCAAUCUCAGCAGAAAUGAUAUAGAGAAAAUAUCCAAGGAUUCGUUCAAAGGACUUAGAGCAGUCAUCAAUCUUGAUCUCAGCCACAAUAAAUUAGAAGAACUCAAAUCAGAGUCUUUUAGGGAACUACAUUCACUUCAAGUACUGAAACUAUCACAAAAUCGACUGGUUUAUCUAGAAGAAGGGAUUUUUAAAUCUGCUAAACAUCUACAAGAAUUACUUCUAGAUUAUAAUCUAUUUCUAGAAUUACCAACGGGAGCAUUAACUGAUAGUGUUAAUUUGAGAUUCUUGUCACUUGCAUGUAAUCUUAUCAAAUCUAUCAAAGAAAAUCAAAUGCCGCCACUUCCCGAAUUACGAACUUUACUUCUACAAAAAAAUCUCAUCAAUGAGAUACAUCAAUCGUCUUUAUCGGGACUUCUUUCUUUAGAUCAUCUAGAUCUAAGUGAUAAUAACUUUACAGUAAUACCAACACCAUCACUGAUGAAAUUAUCAAACAUAACGAAAUUAAAAUUGAGCGGUAAUUUUAUAAGUACCGUCCCACCGGUUGCUUUUAAAGGACUCUUUCAUUUACGUUUUCUUAGAUUAGAUCGUCAAGAAAUCCUCCAAAGGAUAGACGCCAGAGCAUUCGUCGAUAACAUAAACCUUGAGAGAGUUUGGUUAGACGAUAACAUAGCGGUAGAUAGACUACCAACACGAUUAUUUCAUGGAAAUCCUCAUGUUACACACUUAUCUGUACGUAAUAACCGAUUAACAAACAUAGAAGUGACCCAUUUCCCUUUAGAUCAGUUACGUGUUUUGAAAUUAGGGGGAAAUCCUUUGGAGUGUAACUGUUCUUUAUCGUGGCUUUGGCAUUUGAUUCAAGACCAAAAAUCAAAACAUUUGUUUGAUUUGGGCAAUGAUACAUCAGAAGAAAAAGAAGUAGAAACUCCUGGAGAAUUAGUUGUAGACUUGGAGGAUAUAAGAUGUGCCGGCCCGGAGCCUUUGACUGAUGUUCUCUUGGCAGAUGCCACCGAAUCCCAAGUGGACUGUUCUGUCAGCUGGAUUGCAGCCGUUUCGGCAACACUAACGGCCCUAUUUAUGGUCGCUAUAGUCGGCGGUUUGUUGUAUUGGGGCCCGAUAAAGAGGACAUGUGCUAAAGAGAAGGAACUGGCAGGAGUCGACAGCAGGUGUCGGAAUAAAACCGUCGGAACUUGUUCGAACGGAAGGAGUGAACCUUUCGAGAACAUAAGGACAGAUAAGUGCAUGAUCGCGCCACCUCUCAUACAUCACGACUACCGCUCGUUACCCUCCUGGGACCCCUACAACGCGGACUGUGCCGGCAAUAUGAACAUUUAUGAACAUUUAGAUUUAAACAACAAGACGAGACCCCAUAUCGUCUAUGUAAUGAAGUUGGUGGUGUUAUUAAACGCUUUGUGCAUCGGUUUGAGUUUGUGUUUUAAUGGUCAAUUGGCGGAACUGGAAUGUCCGGACGAUUGCGAUUGCCAUUACUUUCGGAUCAAUUGGGUGACAGAUUGUUCCGAUAGCAACCUAACUGAGAUACCUUACGAUGAGUUGAGUCUGAAUGUUUACGUUUUGGACUUGAACAACAAUCAGAUUACUGAUGUCGGGCCGUUUCCUCACGACAUCAAAAUGCGUCGGUUGCAACUCGCGGACAAUCUCAUGACUGAAUUGAAGAAGGAGUCGUUCGCGGGACUUAACUAUCUGAUCGAUGCCGAUUUUUCAGGGAAUAUGAUAACUAGAGUCGAUCCUGAUUGCUUCGAUGAUUCGCCGGGGUUUAUCACGUUGGAACUUCAAGGGAAUCCGUUAGAUCCGGUCGAUGGAAUAUUCUUAUCCAUCAAGUCAUUGCAUUAUUUGGAUAUCAGCAACUGUGGCCUAAAAUAUUUAAAUCCACUUUUCUUCGCCAAUAUUACCGCACUGAGUACGCUCGACUUAUCCGGAAAUCCCUUAGGAGUGAUAGAUAAUAAAGUCUUCGAGCCUUUGUCUAGUCUGGAAACGCUGAAAAUGAACGCCUGCAAUUUGACUUACAUUGCAAAUUAUGCCUUCAAUUCAUUGGAAAAUCUCAAAAAUUUAGAAUUAAGCGCUAACAUGCUUACUACUGAUUGGUCAUCAGUUCUUGAUUAUCUCCCCCGAUUAGAGUAUCUCGAUCUUCGAAAUUCACAAAUUCGUCACUUGCCCGAAAUUGUCUUCCAUAAUAACACUUAUUUAAGAACGCUAAUUUUGGCACAAAAUGAGUUGAACGAUUUUGAUGUAUCACAAACCGUCGGGAAACUCCAACAAUUGGAUUCAUUAGAUCUGUCUUUCUGUAAUUUAACAUUGCCUCUAUCGGAAGAUGCUUUCGUGAACGCGACAAAAAUUCGUAGUUUGUUCCUAUCAGGAAAUUCAUUAUUUGCGUCCGAUUUAUUGGUUGCUUUGCCUCCAUUAUCAAAUUUAGAGCGACUUUCUUUAAGUAAUUGUGGAUUAACUCGUCUACCGGAUACUUUCCAUAACUUCAAAAGUCUACAAGAACUCGAUAUUUCCCAUAAUCCUCUCAAUGACGCAUUUGUCAAAUUAUUGACGCCUCUCGAUAAAUUAGAAUACUUAAAUAUGGGUUACAGUAAUUUAUCAUACAUAGCUCCGACAUCAUUUUCAAAAAUGACAAAUAUGAAACGUUUAGUACUUUCCGGGAAUGAGUUGAAUAAUUUGGAGGCCGGUCUUUUUGGCGACUUAACUAAACUUGAAAGUUUAGAAUUAAAUUCUUGUGGUUUGAGACGAUCGAUUAACGCAACGUUAUUCUUCAAUAACUUGACUUACACCGAUUUAACUGAAUUACAAUUGGCAGGAAAUCCGCUUCAAGUAUCCAAAUCAGGUCCUCUUUUACCUAAACAAUUAUCAAGACUUCUAACUUUAGAUUUGAGCAAUUGUAAUUUGACGUUUCUACCAUCGGAUGCUUUCUAUUGGACUAGAAAUAUUACCACAUUGAUUCUAAGCGGAAACCAUUUCUCCUCAGCCGAUAAUUUACAGUUCCUUGAAUUACUACCUAAACUAAAAAUGCUCGAUUUGAGGUAUAAUAAAUUAUCCUCAUUUCCGCCAAAGACAAUCUAUUUAAAUCCCAACGUGGAAAAACUAAAACUAAUCGGUAAUCCGUGGAGGUGCGACUGCACCGUCGCCGAAUUAUGGGAUUGGGCCAAUUUAGAAAAGGGCAGUCUUGGCAUUUUGGAAGGCUCAACCAUCGCAGCCGAACACGUGACAGUGGGCAAAACCAACAAACGUAAAAAACUCCUUGUUUGCAAUUACGACACGUCCCAACCUCUGCCUAUUAUAACCAAAACGGUUCGCGGACGCAGACCCUUCAUCAAACCUCAAAGAGUCUUAACUUCCACCAAUCGUACGUGGGCCAAAUAUGUCCGGGAAUCGGGAUGCGAGCAACUCCCUGUUUUGCAAAGAUCCCCACGAGCCGCCAAUUCAUGGGAUUAUCGCGGAUCGGAACUAGAACCCAACACUUGGGCUGUAGCCGCGAUCAACGCUGCCAUUGUCUAUAUCACCCUAAUGGCAAUUGUCGGAAUUGCCUUUCUUUUUACAAAGAGGCAAACACCCAGAACAGCCUUCGACAAAAAUAAUUAGUCGACAGAUUUUCUCUGUACGUAGUUUAGUUGUGAUACAUCCAAUCGUACCUUAAUAAUGCCCAAGGUUUAGCCAACAGGAGCUAGUUUUCUCCAAGACGUAAUAAUAAACUUCCGUUAAUUGUGUUAAUCACGAGUCAGCAGUUUCAUAGAAAACAAUUAUAGUAUGUAAACAAUAAGUGUGAAAGGUAUUUGUUUAAUAACGUAAUCGUGUUAAUCGGAGAACUGCGUUUUUAAAGACUGUUUUUUGGGUGUGACACUUUGACUGUUAUUUUCUAUGCUAAUAAACGACUCAUUUAUAUGUUUUGCGCACUUAUUUGUGUGAUCCCCUAUGCAAAUUGAUGCGUGGACUACGAUCUUUCGUUCUAUGACCCUUCUCCGAAUUGUGUUUGUAGCCGAAGGCGUUUUUUAAAUUGAACUCCUUUUAGUAAAGAGAAUAUGUAAUGCUAGACCGGCUAUAACUCGAAAAUGGCUACGACCACCUCUUACCCUGUCAUAGAGGGCGGAUUUCCAGCAGUUCCUGUAAUUGCAAGUGGAACGUGAACAGCCCUUGUUUCGGCCCUUCUGCCUCUCCUAAUUAUAACACGCGCCCCUUAAACCCAACCACCUACUCUCCGAUAACAAGGCAUCUACAGAACGGAUCGAAACUAUAAUUUUUGAAAAUUUUAACGAGAUGAUGUCAACAGAACAAUUUUCAUAUUGUCUUAGUUAGCUUAACAAGGAAAUUGUUGAUUUUAUAAAUUUAUUUACAUAGUAGUAGACAAGUCAAAUUAAAUAUAUUUUCUUUUUUUUCCUAUUUAUAUAGAUAAGUGCACCCUAUUAUUUUAUUUUUGUACUGCAAUUGUGUAACUAGAUUGUUGUAAUUUGUCACAGUAUUAAAACGUACCUUUUUCAAGCGUC